GCGAGGGUCUUUGGGCGGCCUUGCGUGCCAGGGCGGGUGCUGGGGGCUGUCGGGCUGCGGUGAUUUUCCUCACCCGGCGGCUCUGCGCGGUCCAGGGCCGGGAGCGUAGCUGAGGGUCGAGGGGAGAUCCUGGCUCCCUGACCCUGCUUCCCGUUCUCCCGGCUGCGCCUCCGGCCUGCAUUUUGUGGCGGAAGGCCGGAGACUGCUCUUCUUUUCAUGGCCCCGGGCCUGGCCCGUCCGGCCGUGCGGGGAGGGCCUAGCACCCCAGCCCCGUCCCGAGGAGGCGACGGGCCCUUCGUGAUCAUCAGAUUUGUUUACACGUCACUCUCGGUGCCCGGCCGUCCCUCCACGCCCGGUGACUUCGGCUCGCAGGUGCCCGCCCGGGGCCUUUGUGCUGGAGUGGGGCGGCCCAGGAUUGAAGCUUCAAAAUGACUGACCAGGAUCCUGGGGGCAUCAGCCCCUUCCAGCAAAUGGUGGCCUCAGGCGCUGGGGCGGUGGUCACCUCCCUCUUCAUGACACCCCUGGACGUGGUGAAGGUUCGCCUGCAGUCUCAGCGGCCUUCCAUGGCCAACGAGCUGACGCCUUCCUCCAGACUGUGGAGCCUCUCCUAUACCAAAUUGCCCUCCUCUCUGCAAUCCACAGGGAAGUGCCUCCUGUACUGCAAUGGUGUCCUGGAGCCCUUGUACCUGUGCCCAAAUGGUGCCCGCUGUGCCACCUGGUUUCAAGACCCUACCCGCUUCACUGGCACCAUGGACGCCUUUGUGAAGAUCGUGAGGCACGAGGGCACCCGGACCCUCUGGAGCGGCCUCCCUGCCACUCUGGUGAUGACUGUGCCAGCUACUGCCAUCUACUUCACUGCUUAUGACCAACUCAAGGCCCUCCUGUGUGGUCGAGCCCUGACCUCUGACCUCUACGCACCCAUGGUGGCUGGUGCGCUGGCCCGCUUGGGCACUGUGACUGUGAUCAGCCCCCUGGAGCUCAUGCGGACAAAGCUGCAGGCUCAGCACGUGUCAUACCGGGAGCUGGGUGCCUGUGUUCGAACUGCCGUGGCUCAGGGUGGCUGGCGCUCGCUGUGGCUGGGCUGGGGCCCCACUGCCCUUCGAGAUGUGCCCUUCUCAGCCCUAUACUGGUUCAACUAUGAGCUGGUGAAGAGAUGGCUGAAUGGGCUCAGGCCAAAGGACCAGACUUCUGUAGGCAUGAGCUUUGUGGCUGGUGGCAUCUCAGGGACGGUGGCUGCCGUGCUGACUCUACCCUUUGACGUGGUGAAGACCCAACGCCAGGUUGCACUGGGAGCGAUGGAGGCUGUGAGAGUGACACCCCUGCGCAUGGACUCCACCUGGCUGCUGCUGCGGAGGAUCCGGGCCGAGUCGGGCACCAGGGGACUCUUUGCAGGCUUCCUUCCUCGGAUCAUCAAGGCUGCCCCCUCCUGCGCCAUCAUGAUCAGCACCUAUGAGUUCAGCAAAAGCUUCUUCCAGAGGCUCAACCAGGACCGGCUUCUGGGCGCCUGAAAGGGGCAGGGAAGCAAGGACCCCAGCUUUCCACGGAUGGGGAGAGGGCAGGAGGAGACCCAGCCAAGUGCCUUUUCCCCAGCACUGAGGGAGUGGGCUUGUUUCUCUUCCCUCCUGGCGACAAGCCCAAGGGCAGGGCUGCCCCUCUGGGCGGCCCUGGCCUUCCUCAGAUGCAGCUUCUUCCUGCUGUUCCAGUUGUGGGGAUCAUGGCUUUCCCACCCCGAAAGUUCAAGACCAAGUCUUUCAGCUGCCCCCUUCAUGUUUCUCUGUGUUUGCUGUAGCUGGGCCUGUCUCCAGGAGCCAAGAAACCCGCAGCCUGGUGUAGUCUCCCUGACCCUUGUUAAUUCCUAAGUCUAAAGAUGAUGAACUUCU